CAAAACAGCAGCUGCUCUUAGUAUCAUUGACUCCAAACUCUAACCUAUGAACGGGCUACCAUUACGGAAGCAUGAGUGACAACUAUUUAUCUUUCAUCGUCUUCAACUGUAAUUUACUCUGCAAAGAUGGUUGCCACAAUUUACAUCGCUUUUACUGUUGCGUCCACGAUUAUCUUUAUUCCAGGUGUUGUUUUAAACUUUCUUAUUUGCCUGGUGUUUUACAAGAGCGAACAAUUUCGUACUCCACCGAACGUGUUCAUUACUAGUGUUGCCGCAAGUGAUUUGUUUUUCUCAGCGACCACAUUGCCACCUCUCAUUGCUACGAACGCUUACGGGAGAUGGAGUUACGGAGAAAAAGGUUGCAAGGCGGCUGCAUUUAUAACUGCUUUCUCAGGGCUGGUCUCGAUGAUGCAUUUAGCAGCUGCUUCAUAUGAGAGAUACAACGCUCUAGUGUUCCCCCUCACGAGCAGUACAACUAUCACCUUUCAAAAAGCUGUCCGUAUUUCAGUCGCACUUUGGCUGUAUUCUUUGUUCUGGAGUGUUAUGCCCCUAUGUGGAUGGUCAGGGUAUGCGCAGGAGGGAAUUGGCACAAGCUGUGCCGUCAAGUGGAGGUCGCGUGAUAAACUUGAUCUCUCCUACAAUAUUUGCCUAAUAUUCGCUUGUUUUCUACUGCCUGUGAGUGUAAUGAGUUUUUCAUAUUUUAAAUGCUGCAAAGAAAUUGUGUCGGGAACAAGAAGAGCAAAAACCAUUUGGGGGAAGACGUCGAACUUCACAAGAAUAGCAACUGAAAUGGAACACAAGAUGCUAAUACUCUUCGGAAUAAUGACCGUGGCAUUCCUCAUGGCCUGGACUCCAUAUGCAAUAGUGUCAAUUAUAUCGAUGAUUGGUGGACCUUACGUUAUCAGUGACGUAGCAGCAUCUAUCCCAGCAUACUUAGCUAAAUCAUCAUACUGCCUCAAUCCCAUAGUUUACGUUUUUCGGAACAAGAGAUUGAGGCGACAGAUCAAAUGCACUAUUCGGUGUGCGAAGUAGUAUUGUGACAAUCUUUG